UUAACAUGCAAAAAACAACAUAAGUCACGGAAAACCAAAUCAUGACAAAAUAAGGAAUCCACAAACAGUUUUUUGGGGGAAUUAACAGUGGAUGAUGCGUCGGGCCCGUGCAGGCGUGCUAACCUGGCGAUGGGCUAAGGUUUAGAAAUAUGAGGGGGGGUUAACAAUGGAAAAGUUGUGUUUGUGAACAGGUUGGGAAAAGUUUUGGCCACAAAAAAAAGUUGCAGCGCUUUUCCUCCUUGCACGGAUGCGGUUUCGGGAAUCGACAACAUGUAAGUUUUGAUAACAGAGCAGCUCUCAUCUACCUACUGACUUAUGAGUUUAUCCACUCAUUACCGUGCCGUGUGAAGCUUUGCCAACUAUUUAGGUUUAAAACAGUGAUUGUUUGGAGGUUUUUGUGCCGUAAGGCUGCGUUGGGGGGAAAUGGACCACAACUCCAGAAGGUGCUCGGGGCUGUGAUAUCCGUGGAGUUAAAAAUGUGUGUGUGAAAUCUAACAAAGAAAGACAUGAACAAUGGCAGAAAGAGAGAGGAAGAAAAGUGUGUAUCGCAGCGUCUCUUUCAAAAAGUUGGGGUCCUGGAGCGCCAUCAGGAGUGAGGAGCAACAACACAAAUCAGAGGAUUUGGAGGCAGCUGGCGUCGCCCUUCCCCCGGAGCCCAGCAAAGCAGAACAGCACUUGGCGACGCGUAAUGUCAGUGUGUCAAGAAAAGUUUCCAAAAUCUCUGCCACCACCACCACCACCACCGCCGGCCUCCCGACCGCAGAUCCAAAGAGAGGCUCCUCCACUCCUCUCUCCUCUAUUUCUCCAUCCAUCCGACAGCUCACUGAGAAGUUUAGCAGCAGCAGCAGGAGCAGCAGCAGCAGCGGCGGCGGCGGCUCCUCCGGGACGCACAGAGCCUCACCGGGAGACGGCGCAGCAGUGACGCGGGGGAGCAGCACUCUUCCCCGGGCCAGGGGCUCCAGGACAGACAGGUCUCCGGCUCGUAAAUCUUUUCACGAGGACAGCAGCAGUGGUGGUGGAUAUUUCCAUGAUAGUGAUACUGCUACUGCAGAGUCACAAAGAGACAAUAAAGUGCAAACGUUUCAGUCUGACACUGACUCUGUGUCAGGCUCGGAUUUGGAGAGGAAAAGCGAGAAGCGGAUUUUUACACGUUUAUCAUCCGACAGCAGCUCUGGUAAGAGAGAUUAUUCACACAUCAAUGCAUGUCCCUCUGAUCCCAGAAAGACUUUGACUACAGAUGAGGAGGAUGAUGUUGCUAGUAGAGGGGUUCCCCCACCCUGCAAAUCUCACAGAAAGUAUCUCUCCACACACCACAGUGACUUUAUUCCCCUGCACUCUGACAAGUGGCCCAGUGUCACCAAAAUUAGACAGAUUUUUGAUGAGAAACAAGACAAAACUAGGCAACAACACAAAGCUGACUCUUAUGAGUAUUUAAAGGCAGCCGGCAGAGGACAUCUACAUGAUCCCAGCUCAAGUGAGAGUGCUCCUCUCUCGGAUAGAAAUGAGAGACUCUCAGCUAAUGAAGCCAGUAGCCUGUGUAUAGCUGGAGCACAAAGCAGAGAAAGCAGCACUGGUAAAGAGAGUUUUAGUCACGGUAUGGACUUUUAUUCCAAAGCUGACCACCAGCAGUUCUCAAACGAUGAGGAGGCAGACUUAGAGGCACAAAGUUCUGCUAACAGCAAAGUUUCUGGCAGAAACACCUUUAAAAGCGGCAGCAGUAGCAGUCGCAGUUACACUGGGGGUAGUCACUACCAAAGGAUUAACCCAUCUCCACACAGAUCUCAUAGUCCAAGCACUGAGGCAGAGGCUGCCCACAAGACCCCCAGGACGAUAGAGCUGACAUCUGACCCCAGCCCUGACCUUCAACCCUCAGCUACUUCGUCUUGCAGUCGAUCGGAGAGCUUGGACACCUCCUCCUGCUCCUCCUCUCUUCAGCGGCCGACAGUGAGGGAGAGAAGGGAUAGACAGGGGGUCGGGCUGCCCAGGGAUAGUUUACAUUCCUCACAUAGCUCCUCUAGAGCGCCAGCCCCCACCUCCUCCUCCCCCUCUUCUGCUCCAGCUCCAGAUAAAGCCAUUACCUCCUCCUCCUCUGCUGUAGCUCCCUCCACUGAGCUAAGAGCCCCAGCAGGAGUUGCCUCUCCUCUCAGCUCUCGCUGGAGGUCAAGCUCUGGAGACGAAGAGGAGGAGCACAUCAGGAGAAGAAGAGGCGCUGGGGGAGGCAGUUGGAGUGGUCCUUCUGGUCCUGCUCCUUCCAUCCCCUACCGAGCAGGAGAAAGGGGCACCACAGAGCGGGGAGGUAGUUAUUUAACCCGCUGUAAAAAUGGCUGGUGGGGUGCUAAGGGUAUUGGCAGGUCUUCAGGCAGUGAAGAGGACAGCCCUGGUUCUUUAGGCCCCCACAGUCGAGAGGCAGUGCGCCGCCGCUCACUGAGAAAGAAGAAGAAGGUCAGUGGCGCUGCCCUUGCAACAGGCCGUGAUGAUUAUGAUGAUCAUGAUGGCGAAUCAGAAGACAGCGACAGUGACACGGCCUUGACGAUGGAGCACUUAGAGAGGCACCACCAGCAAAACACAGGAGGAGAAUUUGUGGGAACAGUAUCUCGGAGCCACUCGGCGAGAGAACCCAGCAGUCACAGCAACAGAGCCAGGGUGCAGCAAUGGGAGCGCAUCUCCUCACCUGUGACAUCCACAACACUUCCUGGUGUAUCACGGGUGUCAAAGGUCAAUAUCCCCCCAUUUGUUUCCAGUCCCGGUGGUUCACACUGCAGCAGCCGAUACUCCAGCACUGAGACGCUGAAGGAGGAGGACCAGGCUGGCGGCGCCAACCGUGGAGCAAAUGUGUUUUAUACCACAGGUGGAGCAUGUGGCAACACUAGCAGAACUGCAUCCUCGUCCAUGCUGAGUAAAACUUACCAUGGGAAUUUCACCAUGUAUCGCUCCCCAAGCUUUGGCCAUGGGGAUAACUUCUCUCGUAACCCGGUGCGCAUGCGCCCCAAGAUCGUGCCCUCAGUCCCCCCAUUAUCUAAUGUACUUGCCCGAGAAGGCGGUGUAUCCACAGGAGUUAGGGGUGGGGAGUGCACAGCAGUACGGAAGACAACAGGUGGGGAUGGGGUGGAUGAUAAUGAUAAAAAUAAAAUAUCCAUGUCCAACCCUGAUAUCACCUCAGAAACUAUGUCCCUCUUAAGCUUUUUGAAAUCCGACCUUUCAGGACUCAAGGUGCGGAAGACAAGUGGAGACAAAUCCGGGGUCUCGGAGGGGUCACCGGUGUACAGGAUGGGUUCGCGGUCUCAUGGCGGUACCCUGCUAACUUCUGGUCAUCGCCCGUCACUGAAAGACCUGACUGCCACCCUGCGUCGUGCAAAAUCCUUCACUUAUUCAGACAAACCCACAACAAAUGUGAGGUGUUACUUGACAGGUGGCGCCACGAAGAGGAGCUCCUCUGAGCAGCAGCUUGACUUUGAUGGAGAGGGGGAUGGAGGGAGGGUGACAGUGUCAGACAGGGAAGUAGAAAGUGAUGGGGGUGAUUUUAGGGUUGGGAGGAGACAAAGAAUGAGGGAAUAUGGAUUUGAUGAUGAGGAUGAGGAAAGGAUGCCAACUCCGUUGCAGGAGAGGUACGUUCAGGAGGCCAGGCAGGUCAUUCGCGACAUCUGCCAGAUGAGUAGUAGAGAAGAUGAUGACGAUGUAGAUGUAAGGAGAACUGAUGAUGAUUUGGAGGAUGCAUGUUUCCAGGUCAAGAAAACAAAUGAGGAGAUGAAGAAAGCUGGAGUGAGUGUUAAGGAUCAUACAGGGACAGAUCAAGAGGCUGAGUGUAAGAACACAAAAGACAGGGAUAAACAUGAGAGGGAGAGAGAGAACAGGGAGAGGGAGAGGGAUGGACAAAGUAUGCAGUUGGAGAAGCUAAACAGCAGGGGCACAGAGUACAGGGAGAAGGCAAAGAGACAGAGCAGAGAGACAGAGAGAGCUUUACUGAAGGGCGACUCGGAGGAAAGCAUGUUGUAUGACCGCUCUGUGGAUGAACUUUCAGGCCAUGAAUCUAGUUUAACUGAUGAAGGGAUCGUAACAGAGCCAGAGACGGGCCCCAGUGACCCCUCCGAGAGGUCUUUCCUGGGGUCAGCAGGGGUUAAUUUAGGGUCACGGAUUGCCAGGGAUGUGCUCGGCCAGCCCGUCACCGUGUGGAAGCAAUCGGCUCUCCAUGAGGCGGAGGGGUUCAAGCAGGAGAGAGAAGAGGUGACAGAGAACAGCAUGCAUUGUACAAAUCGUCUGAAUGAAGUCAGCGUACCUCCCUCCUCGCCCCAUCCUGCCUGUGUGGCUGAGAGUGACGGUAUCAUCACAGACCUGAGCAGCACUGCUGGUAUCAACAAUGUCAACACUACCAGUGAGGAGAUCAACACCAGCAGCGCCGUGUCGCAGAGGUCAGCAGGCGCUGCAGGAGGAGGAGGAUUUGAAGCCCCUGCGACACCAAGUUCUAUCCGUCGAAGGCGCAAGUUCUCCCCUUCUGGUAAUAACAACACAGGCUCUGAUUCCAGCAAUGGCAGUAACGCAGAGUCAACAAUAACAGCUGUUGGAAACGGGGAGUCCACAGUGUACCGCUCGCUCAGUGACCCCAUGCCUCAGCGGCGCUGUUCUGCGGCAGAAGAAGGGAAUAACGGUUUUUCCUCUGUAGACAGCAACUUGUUGGGAUCCUUAUCUGUCAAAGGAGGAGGAGGUGCUCCAGAGGCCUCUGCUGUGGCCACCUUGUCAGAAUACAAAGGCAGUGUGGCCAGUGACUUGUCAGUUUACAGUGACGGUGGGCUCCGUGAUGAUGGCGUUCGUGACUACAGUGGGAUGAUCAGGAGCAUCGUAGCUGAGCCAGGUGCAAUGGACAGACUGAUGACGGAUGACCAUGGCAAUGGCAAAGCUCCCAAGAAGAAGUCAUUCAGUGACCCAAGUCGCCGUAGCGACACCCCUUUACUUUCCCAGAAUGACCCUCAAUGCAAAGGCCAGACCAGUAGCACUCAGCCAAUCAGUGAGCUGGAUCAACCAGGUCAGAUCCUGCCUUCCAGCAGCGAGCCAAUCCUGAGCGAUCAGAGAGAGGAACUGUGGGAGCCUGAAGUGACGCAUAAACAUGCAUUGCCGGCACAGCUGAACAUAAAUAGAGUCAAGAAAGCUCGUUCCCAGUCAGAAUGCAUCCCCCACUCUGAUAACCGAGAUGAUGAGGAUGAUGAUGAUGUAAUAGACCAAGGUGAAGAAGAGAUAGAGGUGCAUAAGUUUAACCUCAAGCUGGCCGAGGUUCUGUCCCCUAGAAUGGUUCGCCGGCCCAUCAGAAAGCGCCCAAACAGGCUGGCUCAGUUUUUCUCUCAUGAGGACCCAUUUGAGCCCCCAGAGCUGGGUUCAGAGGAGCAGGAGGAUCACAGCGACCAAAGUGACCUCACCCCUCCUCUUCCCACACUGCAAUCCAAACCCAAAAGCAGACCCAAGCAUGUCCGCCAUGCCAGCGAACCUGCCACCUUUAUCCCCAUCUCCCCACCUCCACAACUCCAGCCUCUGAAGGAAGCGGACUGCCUCGCUGUCCGACCCACAGCAGAGCCUCCAGCUUCAAGUAAGCCUCCAGGGGACGAGGCCCCGUCCCUGGAGGAUGUGACCCAGAAAUAUAUUCUGGAGCUGGGCGCUGCUGAGAGCCCAGGGCCUUUACCAGCGGCCAGAGAUGGAGCUGAAGGUUUGGUGGCAGCUUCAGAGGGGCCCAGCGAGACCAGCACAAGUGGAAUUACAGAAGCGGGACCACUGAAGAAGAGCACAGAGGACACAGCAUCCACGGCUGCCCCACAGAGGACCAAACCCAGAGUGGACAUGAGGAAACAUGUGAUGAUGACCCUCUUGGACACAGAGCAGUCAUAUGUGGAGUCACUACGCAGUCUCAUUCAGGGCUACAUGCGUCCUCUCAAACAGCCGGACAGUGGCUCCAUAGUGGACCCUCUGCUGGUGGACGAGAUGUUUUACCAGAUCCCGGAAAUCCUGGAGCACCAUGAGCACUUCCUGGAGCAAGUCGCCAGCUGCGUCGGCCAAUGGCACGACAGGCAGACUGUCGGACACCUCCUCAUCCAAUCUUUCUCCAAAGAGGCUCUUGCUAAUAUGUAUUCCGCGUACAUCGACAACUUUCUCAACGCCAAAGAUGCUGUGAGGAUUGCCAAGGAGGCCAAGCCAGCGUUUCACAAGUUUCUGGAGCAAAACAUGCGUGAGAACAAGGAGAAGCAGGCUCUGGGUGAUCUGAUGAUUAAACCGGUCCAGAGGAUUCCUCGAUAUGAGCUGCUGGUGAAGGACCUGCUCAAGCACACCCCAGAGGAUCACCCGGACCACCCGUACUUACUGGACGCCCAGAGGGACAUCAAGAGAUUGGCUGAGAAGAUCAAUAAGGGCCGUCGCUCCGCUGAGGAGGCAGAGAGGGAGACGAGGGUCAUCCAAGAGAUCGAGGCACACAUAGAAGGAGUUGAACACAUUCUGAACCCCCAGAGGAAGUUCUUGAGACAGGAAAUGGUCAUGGAAGCGAAGACAGUUGGUGGAAAGAAAGACCGUUCUCUCUUCCUCUUCAGUGAUCUGAUCAUCUGCACCACUCUCAAGAGGAAGUCUGGCUCGUUAAGACGUAGCUCCAUGAGCCUAUACUCUGCUGCGAGUGUGAUUGAUACUUCCAGUAAAUAUAAGUUCCUGUGGAAGCUUCCCCUGGAGGAGGUGGAGGUUGUGAAAAGCUCCACUCAGGCAACAAACAAAGAGAGCAUCCAAAAGAUGAUCAGUCGAUUAGAUGAGGAUCUCAGCACUCUGGGUCAGAUCAGCAAACUCUCUGAGACCCUCAGCUUCCCACAUCAGUCCCUCGAUGAGGUAAUAAAGGAUCUAAUGGCGUCGGUGCACAGGGAGCUGUCAGAGAAGCAGUCUCUGGCCUUCAGUAUGACCUUUCUUCCCACAAAGCUGGAGUUCACCACUGCCUCCGCAGAGAGCAGCUUCGUCUUUGAGUUUACCUCCCCCGACACUCGCUCCAACUUUGAACAGGCCUUUGAAGACGCCAAGAAGAAGCUGGCAAUGAAUAAGGACCAGUGGGACCCAGAGUUUCUGAAGGCCAUUCCUAUAAUGAAGACACGAAGCGGAAUGCAGUUUUCGUGUGCCUCCCCCAGCCACAGUUGUCCUGACAGUGGCUGUGAGGUGUGGGUGUGUAACAGCGAUGGAUACGUGGGGCAGGUGUGUCUGUUGAACAUCAAAGAUGAGCCCACAGUUGAGGCCUGUAUUGCUGUCUGCUCAGCGAGGAUCAUAUGUAUUGCUGCGGUGCCAGGACUGAAGGGAAGGGAGCGUGGAUCAGAGCCCACCCUGGCCACUUCCACUGGAGCACCUGGUCACACGCAGCAGCAGCUCCAUAUAUCCAUCUCUCAUUCAUCUCUGGAGCUGACGGAGCAGCCAACAGGACCAGGAGCAGAGCUUGUUCCAUUUGACAGCGAUGACACUGAUGACGAGGAUUCACCCAGCCCUUCCUCCACUCUACAGAGUCAGGCCAGUCACUCCACCAUAUCAUCCAGCUAUGGCAAUGACGAGGGUCCAGGCUCCAAGGACAUGGCUACAGAGACCACCAGCAGUGAGGAGGAGCAGGAGUUCCCGGUGGCAAGUUCUUACGGAGCUCCGGGGAUGCUAGGGGUUGGCGGGGGAAGUCGCGCCCACACAGAGAGCCCCAUGGAUGGCCGCGCCAUGCGCCGCUCCUCCCGGGGCUCGUUUACCAGGGCGAGCCUGGAGGACCUGCUUAGCAUUGACCCAGAGGCCUACCAGAGCUCAGUGUGGCUGGGUACAGAGGAUGGAUGCAUCCACGUGUACCAGUCCUCGGACAACAUCCGUAACCGUAAGAACAGCAUGAAGAUGCAACACUCAGCUUCCAUCCUCUGUAUACUGUAUUUGGACAACAAAGUGUUUGUGUCCUUGGCCAAUGGAGAGGUGAUUGUUUACCAGAGAGAAGCAGGUAGUUUCUGGGACCCUCAGUCUUCUCAGACGUUAGUUUUGGGCACACCCAGUAGCCCUGUCACCAAAAUGGUUCCUGUGGGAGGAAAGCUUUGGUGCGGCUCACAGAACAGAGUCCUUAUUAUCAACACAACUACACUGGUACAAGAGCACUGGUUCCAGGUGGGCACAGACAGCAGUCGGUGCGUGACUUGCAUGGUGGCGUACGGUCAGGGUGUGUGGUUGGCGUUGCAGGGCAGUGCGCAGGUUAAACUGUAUCACGCUCAGACCUUAGAGAGCCUGACAGAGGUGGAUGUGGCGCCUGCUGUGCAUAAGAUGCUUGCAGGUGCAGAUGCGAUCAUCAGACAGCACAAGGCUGCCUGUUUGAGAAUCACGGCAUUGCUGGCGUGUAAGGAUCUGCUGUGGAUCGGCACCAGUGCAGGGGUGGUCCUUACACUGGUGAUCCCAGCGGUGAGCUCAGGAACUAGUGCUGGGACACUAAAAUCUCCCCUGGUGCCAAUGGGCUCGGCUCACGGACAUACGGGCCACGUUCGAUUCCUGACAUCAAUCGAGCUACCGGAAGGGUUCGACAUGAAUUUCCCUCCUAUGACAGCUGACUCCACAGGCAGCCAGUCCCAGAGCGGCAGCACAGUUGACAAGAACCUCCAAAGGCGUGACUCCGCGCGUCGCAGAGCCUCUGCCCACAUCCCCUCUAAAACCAACCAUCUAGUCAUUUCCGGCGGCGACGGCUAUGAAGACUUCAGACUGACCAAUAGCAGUGAAACAGUCGGACGGGAUGACAGUACCAACCAUCUGUUGCUUUGGAAGGUCUGAGACAAUCGACCCCGAUUUGAACAACCUGCCCUAACCUCCCUCUAGCUGAGAACAGCGCACAAGCUCCUGACCCCCCACCCCCCCAUCGGACUCCUCACUCUUUGGUGUUGUUUUGGUCUUCUGCUCAGUCCACCAGUCUCUAUGUGCAUAAUAUGGCUGUCGACUUGCUCCUGGGCUUACUAAUGAAUAUGAUCACUUCAAAGACAGUUUUCUUGUGUUAAUGUUUCCGAUGGUGUGCGUUGUUCCUCACUGAGUGCUGUCCGUGCGUGUGUAUUUUCGUUUUUUCGGCAUCUGCGAGUAUUGUCUAGAAAAGCCUCUUUAAACUCGAGUCUUUAUUGAAGGAGACAGAAGAGGACGGAGAAGGGGAAAUGAAGCUUUCAUACAUGGAUCAAUGCUUAGAUUGAUGAGUGAAGGAGUGAAAGACAGAAGAGGACUUGGACUCUGUCGUUGCACAGGAUGUUGAAAAGAGGACAUUCAAGUCAAGCAUGUACUUUGACAUUUUCUCUGUUUUUCUGGACUCGGACAUCAACCCUUUACUCCAUCGUCACUUCAUCUUAGCAUGAACUGCAGACAAAAUGCCUCCUGGUGGUCAGAGGUAAAUGUCAUGUAAGAAUAUAUGAAUGGAAACUAAGUAAAAAGUACCACCACAGACUGUAGUUUGAUGGAUAUUCUGAAUUUGUGCUCAUUUCCGCAGCUAGAAGAGAGGUUCUGUUGACGUCUGUGAGCUUUUAAAGGAGUGAAAGACAAAGGUAUCCUUGUCGUCUGGACAGCCGGGUUGUAAUAAAUCCACUCCACGAUCAUUGCUUUUAGAUGAGAGACUGCUAAAAUCAUCUUUUCUCCUGCAGAGAGAAAGUGAAUAGCAUUAAAGUGCAAUAUGUGGCAAGGGUAUCUAUCAAGACACAUGCACACAGUCACACACAUUAAUGCACAGCCUUCACUCACUGAAUCGUUAGACAUUUGUGAAAAACAUAAAUGCAUGUUUUCCGCAGAUAAUCACUUUGUAUCUGAUUUUUCUUAUUUAAUUUUUGCCAUCAGUUUAAGAUGACAUGAACGUAGAUGAUGCCCGCUACUGGAGUAGAGAAAGAAGUGCAUUGGAGACAUUCCUCCUUGACAUGACUAUGCCAAAGCCUUGUAUGUGUUAGACAUUAUGGGAUCUGAAAAGAUUUCCUUUGCCAUGAACUGUCAGUUUGUUUAGCGGAAAUCAGGAGCCGAUGUUAACUGACUUCCACGAUGCCAGGUUGUGGUAGCAGAUAAUGAUAGUUAUGUACAGUAUUUAUGGUUUUGAUUUUAGCGCCUUCUUUUACAGCACUUAAUUUAUAGAAGAUGUAGCUUUCACAUUUUGUUUUUGAGUUGAAGAACAAAGAGGCCCUGGCUUGAUUAGCAGAAGAGAUAAAGGGGAGUAGUUUGGUCCGGGCAGAUUGAGAUACACAGCAGGGGUGUAGCGACACAGUCCACUUGUGGUGUGGUACGAUACACAAUACAGGGUUCUUGUUUCAGGGCUGUAUGAUUACAUAAAUUUGGAGAAAUAAAUCCAGAAAGGUGAAGGUCUUGGCAAAACAUCUCCACUCAUCUAUCAGCCAAAAGACGCAGACUGCAAAACAAUCCCAAAAUUCCCUUUACAUCGUCCCUGAACGCAGCUCAGAGAAUCACCCUGUCACCUGUUUGUGUGGCGAAUGCAAAGUUUUGCCUAAUAUUUGAGUUUUGGGGGGGGUAUAGUGGCAUUCUGUGUCACAGGAAAUACAGUGCCAACAUGUAUUGUUACACCCCUAAUGCAUAAACACUGAUUCAACUAUUGAUGGUUGGAGAAGAAGAUGCAUGUGGUUUGUUUGUGAGACGAGAGAGUACCCAAGAUACAGAGUAGGUCAGAAGGACAAAUGCUGAGCACCUGCACGUGCCUUCAGAAGGCUAAAAGUUAAGCCAUUUAACACACACAUACACACAGCAUAAAAAGUCAGCUUUCCCUGGCACAACGGCAGAUGUCUGAGGGAAGUCAAGGGUAACACUGACUUGCCCUUGCGCACACUCACACGUUAGCCUCAGGCUUUGGGGGUUAAGCAGCGAUUGUCUUUGAUCCCUCCAAGCCCAGAAAACCGCACUGCACUUUGCCAGCCAUCUGGGCCCUUCACAUCAGCUUUCACCGCAACUCACCGAACACACUCACAUUAGGUUAACUCUUCCACUGCCAGAGCAGCUAACGGCUAAGAGGAUUAGUGGUUAUUGUGAUAGCUGCUAACUAGCUAGUGAGCUUGUUGCCUCUGUGAGUGUGAAGGCCUAUGUGUGUGUGUGUGUGUGUGUGUGUGUGUGUGUG